CACGAGUGACACGUCUUUAUAACGCGGUUGAGAAAUCGGCAAUUUUUCUUAUUUUUUGAAGCUCUUGUGACGCUUCUCUCUUUUUCUCGUCCUCUUUCUGUGGACUUUGCACGAGAUCGUGACCUUUCGUUUCCUCCAUAUAUUUACACCUAAGAUUGCAUUUUUUCCGUAAAUACUAGUGAACGUGUUCAUAUUAAGAUCGGAUCUCUUGACACGAUCUCCGCAAUCGCUCGUGAAAAGAUUUUCAAUCUUAUUGCAAAAAUUAAGAGUCCAGAAUUCCUCGACAUAAUUCUUUUUUAAAGAGAUCUCGGAAAGGAAGAGUGUUAGAUCAUUCUUAAAAUCUAACGAAGAGAUUUGAAAAAUUUUGUUUUGCCUCUUUCUGAAAAAAAGAAGCCUAUAUCGAGCAAGCACUGCUUCUGAAAAAAGAAGCCUAUAUCGAGCAAGAAGACAAUUGAUCACAGCACUAACAUGAUUGUAGAGUCAAUUUUUAUGGCAGAAGGAUCUUGGAUGAUCCUCUCUGUCUGUCUGCUGUCACUUCUGUUAGCUUUAUUGAUAAAGCGAGGAAGAUUUUUGUACGCCUUGAGGAAGGUACCCUAUCCCACAGCACUGCCCAUCAUCGGUAAUGCUUAUCAGCUCAACUGUUCGCCAGAAGAAUUUUUCCAGAAUUUGAUCAAAUGGGCUGAAGAAUUUGGUAACAUUUAUUUGAUUUGGGUCGGCCUGCGACCUUUUAUCUUUCUUUAUAAAGUUGAAGCGAUACAACCCUUGCUUAGUAGCAGUACCCAUAUUGAUAAAAGUCUGGAAUAUGAAUAUCUGAAGCCAUGGCUUGGUACCGGCCUGGUGACCAGCACCGGUGAAACAUGGCACUUUCGCAGGAAAUUAUUGACGCCGACGUUCCACAGCGGUCUUCUCGCAACAUAUUUUAAGAUUGCAAAAGAAGAAAUGAAUGUUUUAAUUUCUUGUUUUGAAAAAGAAAGUAACAAAUGGUUCGACGUAGUACCCUAUUUAAAACGCGCCACUCUCGAUAUUAUAUGCGAAUCUGCAAUGGGAUAUAAACUAAAUGCUCAAGUAAAUUCCGAAAAUGAAUAUGUAGAAGCUGUGGACAAAAUUGCAUCUAUUGUACAAAUGCGUUUCACAAACGUGUGGGUAUCAAAUGAUAAAAUUUUCAAAUUAACCAAAGCAGGAAAGGAGCAUGAUCACGCACUUCGUAUCAUUCAAGACUUUGUUGACAAAGUAAUCGCACAGAAAAAGAUCGAAUGGCAGCAGAAACACGAUGGGAACCUCAAUGAACCGCCGAAUAAGAAACAGGCUCUAUUGGACUUACUGCUCGACAUAUCGAAGAAUGGAACUGUGCAUCUUUCAGAUGCGGAUAUUCGUGAUGAAGUAAAUACUUUUAUGUAUGCCGGACAUGACACAAUGGCUACCAGUAUAUCCUGGACGCUUUACGCGUUGGGGCGACAUCCCGAAUAUCAGGAAAAGAUCUUAGACGAAUAUUACAAUGUAUUAGGCACAACAGAAGUAACAUUACAAAAUAUCCACAAAUUAACAUGGCUGGACGCCUGUAUUAAAGAACAAUGGAGAAUAUAUCCAGUAGCACCGCUCAUAGCGAGACAAAUCUAUAAACCGAUCAAUUUGAUGGGUAACAAAAUUCCACCAGGUUCAACAGUUCUCAUCAAUUCUUAUCUGCUGCAUCGAGAUUCGCGUUUCUUUCCCGAUCCGCAUAUUUAUCGUCCAGAGCGUUUCUUACCGAAUAUUCCAAAAUUACCUCCUUACAGCUUCAUCCCUUUUAGUGCUGGAUCACGCAAUUGUAUCGGCUCGAGAUUUGCCACAUCGGUCAUCAAAGUGGCUGUGUUAUCCGUGUUAAAAGCUUUCCGCGUGGAAGCCUUCGAUACAGAAGAUCAAUUGCGCUUUAUAUCGGAAUUAGUACUUGUAAAUGCGAACGGACUUCGUCUAAAAAUAACACCACAUUAACAAGACGAAAAAUUAUAUUUUUAAAAUAUGUCCUAUUUAUUAUAUUAAAAUUUAUUAUAUUUAAAAUUACUUAUUGUAAGAUAUAUGUCCUAUUUACUCUAUAU